AUGUUUUGUUGCGUCGUCAUUCUUCUGGCCGUCAUUACUGCUAUAAUCAUUAUUGGCACUUACAUCGGAUGGGAUGAAAUUGGUGAGCACCUGUCAAGAUUGCUCGAAGUAGGAGAGGUUGACUACGCUCACUUCAGACUUCCUGAGCACGUAAAGCCGUUGAUGUAUGAUUUGAGCAUAAAGGCAUAUUUGCCUUCAUAUCCUGAUGUUCCGCCGGAAAAGGAAUUAACAUUCGAUGGAGAGGUGACCAUAAUUGUGGAGGUGCUUGCUCCAAUAACACAGAUAGUUCUUCACAUGGCUGAGAUCAAAUUGAUCGCUGAGGAAUGUAAAGUGACGCUGAAUGGGAGAAUUAUUCCGAUUCGCAGCAUUGGGACCAGCAAAAAAAUGGAAGUAGUGGUUUUACGGUUGGCUGAGACGAUUGGUGAAAAAGAGCAUCUCAAAAUUGAACUCUCCUAUACCGGCAUCAUUGGCACUCAUAGGCUGAAUGGUCUAUAUCAGACGACUUAUACAGACAAGCAUGGAAAGCAAAAAGUCGCCACGCUGUACGGAAAGUUCGAAGCCGACGUCAUGCUCCUGUUAUAA